AUGGCUGCCCCCGUUCAGAACCAGUCGGCCACAACGUCGAAAUAUGACGACUAUGAUUUCCCCACCACUGCACCAGAGUCUCAGUCGGGACACCCUGGCCACACCACCCCCGAGCAGGAUGAGAAGGUGCAGCAGCUCCGAAGCGAGCUCGAGCAGCUGGGAUACACGGACAGACUGGAUACGCUGACUAUGCUGCGUUUUCUGAGAGCGAGGAAGUUUGAUGUUGCUGCUGCCAAGGCCAUGUUCGUUGAGUGUGAGAAGUGGCGCAAGGAAUUCGGUACAGAUGAUCUGGUUCGCACCUUCGAUUAUCAGGAGAAACCCCAGGUCUUCCAGUACUAUCCUCAAUACUACCACAAAACCGAUAAGGAUGGCCGCCCCGUCUACAUCGAGAAGCUCGGCAAGAUCGACCUGAACGCCAUGUACAAGAUCACCACCGCCGAACGCAUGCUCCAGAACCUCGUGUGCGAGUACGAGAAGCUCGCGGAUCCCCGUCUGCCCGCCUGCUCGCGCAAGGCCGGCAAGUUGCUCGAGACUUGCUGCACCAUCAUGGACCUGAAGGGCGUCGGCAUCACAAGUGUCCCCUCCGUAUACGGAUACGUGCGCCAGGCCUCUGCCAUCUCGCAAAACUACUACCCCGAGCGCCUGGGCAAGCUGUACCUCAUCAACGCCCCCUGGGGCUUCAGCAGCGUCUUCAACGUCGUCAAGGGAUUCCUGGACCCCGUCACCGUGCAGAAGAUCCACGUCCUCGGCUCCAGCUACAAGAAGGAAUUGCUCGAGCAGGUCCCCGCCGAGAACCUCCCCGUCGAGUUCGGAGGUAGCUGCUCGUGCGCCGGUGGCUGCGAGCUUAGCGAUAUGGGCCCCUGGCAAGAGCCUGAGUGGACCAAGACGCCCAAGUGGGCCCAGCCCAAGCAGGAGCAGACGGCCACGAAGACCGAGGAACCUGCCCCUGCCCCUGCCCCCGUGGCGCAGGAGGCUGCUGAACCCGUUGCAUAG